AUGGAGGAAGCAAUAGAGGAAGAAAUGGAGGAAGAAGUGGAGGAAGAAGUGGAGGAAGAAGUGGAGGAAGAAGUGGAGGAAGAAGUGGAGGAAGAAGUGGAGGAAGAAAUGGAGGAAGAAAUGGAGGAAGAAAUGGAGGAAGAAAUGGAGGAAGCAAUAGAGGAAGCAAUAGAGGAAGAAAUGGAGGAAGGAAAGAGACAGAGGAACAGAUAA